CGCCCCGACGUCGACGUCCUUCGGCAGGGCGCAUCGUCGUUCCAGCUUCGUGAUACUCGCCGAAUCCAGGCCGGCGAGUCCGGAAGCCGGCGAUGCGUCGUCCACCUUGCCGACAGGGAGGGUCUCGCCCUUCCGCGGACGUGGCUUUAAGGGGCCACCUCCUCGCUCAAUGUCGAGGCCGCAGUCGCCGGAAGUCGCCGGGGACGGACGUCGACGCAAAAUCGAACGAAGAGUGUCGUUGUCGCAGCAGAACAGUCCCAGAAGAAGCCUGAUACCGCAACCCACUUAUCGUCAGCGGUCUACCUCCUUGACGAAGGACAAUGAGCGUUCGCCGUCGCCGAAGAUCGGUCGCCGAGUCGAUUCGAGGACGCGACUGAACGUCUCGGACUCGCGGAAUCGAUUGAACGCGACCGAUUCGAAAUCGCGGUUGAACGACUCGAAAACGCGUCUGAACAAAUUCGACUCUCGAAGUCGUACGAAUCUGGCCGAAACUAAGACCCGCUUCAUCUCCAACUCUACCAGCAAUCUCAACAAUAACUCGACGACGACACGCCGACAGCCGAUUAUGAAAGGUUCGACGCGACUCUCGCCGAUCCAAGGCACCCCGACGAAACCGGAGAAGACGACUCCUCGAUCGAACAUUAGAGGGAAGGAUGCCACGAAACAAUCCCCCACGAAGGCAUCGAGAACGUCGCCGCAGAAGAACAACGCUACUACUCGAAGGGACGGUCAGAACAGAAGUCCCGCUAAGGACCGUCUUCUUUCGCCAUCGAAGAUUCCUCUGAAGAGCAAGGCGAACGGCUCGUCGAGUACCGGCAGGUUCAUCUCGAUGCCCGAGCAGAACGCCGGGAAGAUGGAUAGGUUUGCAAAAGAAGACGAGAAUGACAAGCAGGCCGGCCAAUCGGUUCAGAAUGGUCGAGCCGAAUCGAGCUUGAAAGAAAACGGAACAGAUGGGAACACCUCGGGCAAUGCGGACGAAGUGGAUUUUAGAGAUCUUCUGAAGCAGACGUCGCAGGUGACCGGUACGUCCAGCGAACGUCUGGUGAACACCACGACGACCACGGCGGUACAGCCGUUGCACAUCGACGCGAACGCGCUUCUCGUGGAGCGAGAUGGGUCAACGACGAAUCAGCAGAAGGAACGACUCGACGUCUCCCCCGCAUCUAAGGGCGAAUCGCCGGUGCCCGCGUCGACGCCAAACGCAACGGGUCAGAAAUCCUCGCCGGUCGGGGCAGGUCAAGCGACGAAUCCUGGAAACGAUAAGAAGGACUCUCCCGUCGGCGCGGAGAAUAGCACCGGAGGACACCCGAAAAGCAGCACCGUCAGCCAAUCCAUGAAAAGCGUUAGGAUGAACGAUGAGGUUCAUCAGCGUUCCAGCAAUCAGUCUUCUGCCAAUCAGCGUUCUGGCAGACAGAAUGCUCGGUGGCCCAAACCAAGCGACGCCAAGGCUUCGGAGCAACAGCAAGUCGCUUCGGCGGAAAUCAAGAGUGGCUCUGCGGGUAGCAGGAUGGCCAUGAGUCGCGACGUUCCGGCGAGCGACAAGAUGCCCACGGUGAUGGAGAACGACUCGAAGGUCAGAGCGGCCGAGGAGGCGGAGACGACGAUGAGCAACGCGACGGCAAUGACGACGAACAGCGUGGCGAAGAGCGUGGCGAAGAGCAACAAUGUGAGUACCGCGGAUGGUGCGGUGAACGCAGAUGUGAACAGUGAUGCUGUGGUACGAACGAGGAACGCGAAUCGCGGCAGCGACGCGUCCUUGAAGUCGUCCACCGGCGUGUCCACGGAUUCGAUCGGGAGCGUGAGAUCGACGGACACGGGAGUGAGCGUGAACACGGUCAGGGGAGUGUCGUCGCCGAGGGAGAAAACGGGCGUGCACACGGUGAAGCGGCCGCAGGAGAUCGAGACCCUCAGCGGCAAUAUCGUCCGCGUCGAGCAGAACGGGGAGCCAGCUGUCCUGGGGUCCAGCGACGAGAAGCAAGGCGAUAGUGAAAAACUGUUUGCACGUUGGGGGAGGUCCUUGAGUCAAUACUGCAAGUGCUGCUCCGGCAUGAGGUGCCUCGCUUGCCGUAGGGAUCCCAAGGGUCUCUUGUGGACCAGGAAGCAAGGGAGGACAACGGUGAUCAACGAUAUCCCGCCGCCUGUUGCAACCCCCGCCCUCGAUGCCCCGCCGCCCGAUGCUACGGACGCGUUGUCGUGCUGGUCGAAAUUAAAGGCGCGGUGCAGAUGCGUCCGUUUACGAGAAAGAUUACGAGAGGUCAAGUGUUGCACGAGAAAAUCGAGGAUCGCUCCUGCCGAGUCUACCCCUUGCUGCCCGCCCGAGAGAAGAUGCGGUGCGCUCUGCCGUCGUGCGUUCGGCUGCUGCAAGUGCAGCUGCAAACGCGCGGACACGCAACAACGCACAAAAAAUACACGUGCCAAGCACAGUCUUACAAGCGUGGCGCCGCCGCCCCUGUCGGAGGAACCGAGGACUAAGAUACCGGAUGUCCUGGUGGAGCAUAAUUCUGUCAUGCGCGGCGCCAUCCCUUGUCUGCCGGUCCCUCUCGCCUGGUUUUGCCUAGUGUGGAACUUCCUACUGCCGGGCACUGGAACUGUUUGGAGCGGCCUGUUCAACCUGUGCACCGGACAGCCGAGAUUUUCCGCCGUCGCCGGAUUGAAAUCACGACUCGGUGCAUUUAUCGUCAAUCUCAUCGUCGGGGUGGGCCAACUGUUUACCGUUCUGUUCUGCCUUGUCGGAUGGGGCUGGAGCAUUUGGUGGGGCGUCACCAUGGUCCGCUUAGCUAGGAAGUACAAGCGAUUCAAGGUUUCGGAGGCCGCUAGCAACGAUCCUGAGGCCAGAGGGGGCGAGCCAGCUUCCUUGCCUCCCGGCGUGCCGAGUCAGGCUCUGCGAGGGAUGGAGAGGGCGCGAUGAUGCAUUUUUAAUGAAGAGGAGAGCGUGACCGUCCUCCGCUUAUCUAAAGAUAUUUUGUAUUUCGUUCGACAAGUCUUCGUAUUUUGCUUAAUAUCGAUCGUUCCGAAUUGAAGACUAUCGUACGUGCGAAAUAAAAUUGUGUCGACGCGAAUAUAAGCAUCUUGUACAAACGAUUAUAUAUAUAUUUGUGAAGACGAUAUAUAUUUGUGAAAACAAUUAGUCGAUAAGAACUUUUCUCGGCUGCGAUCGAGUAACGGACGGAGAGUGAAGAUUAAUUAAAAAACUUGGACGGUAACAUGGCAAGCCGUACGAAAUAAGCUCGGCAACUAAAAAAGGCUGUAAAAUCAUUAAAACAACUUGGUACCUUUAUCUCGUGCCUUUUUCCUUCAAUCAUUUCUUUUUCGCUACUCUUACAAAGAAGGAAAAUCUUUUUAUCGCAGCUUGUAAUAGAAUCUGUAAGUAUAAGCCAGGAAUCUUCUAACAAAACUUUUUCUCUCGCGCGGCUUAGCAUGUUAUUACAUCAAAAUCUUCACUUCAAUGAGAAGUUUCUCGAAAGAUAGUAUCGCCGAGAUUCUCUUGCAGGAUGCUGGUAAAGUCUUUACUCUAUUUUUCCCAAGUCAGGAGUGGCGCUCAUAUCGCAUUAUGGUAUCUUUUUAAAUUAUUUAUAUUGUAUUUUAUAAAGAAAAAAAUUGUCCUCAAUCUCGAUAAAUAAUUGGCAUUAUUUCUUAUAUUAACGAUAUUAUUAAUUGGAAACAAAUAAUUUCAGUUACAAGAAGCUCAGAGUUUUCUUAUCGAGUUAAGGAGGCUCGAGCUUUGCAACAGUUCUCUCGCAAGCGUUGAAAAUUUUGUUCUCGCAGGAAUUAAGCUCGAUAGCGGGACUAAGCUUCCAUAAAAAUGGACGAAGACUUCGCGAGCGUCCUGCAUUUUUCUACGCAGCGGAAAACUUUCGUUCUCGUCGACGAAAGGUUUCAGUUUUUGUAAAGUUAGCGCUCGUACGCGCGCAAAGUUCGCGGCCUAUCAGAAUAUACGAAAACGUCCUUGAAGAUUAAUCGCUUUCAGUGAAAGCAUCUUUAACCCGAGGCGUUCUUUCAAAAUGUACUCGUUGCGUCGAUGAGGAUGAUUUACGGGAGGCGGAUCGCAUUUGGCGGCGACGUCGCGAUAUUGAAUUGGCGUUCUGGUAUGCGAGGUAGACUAAUUAGACUUAUACACGGUAGCUAAGCUCGGGGCGGGGAUUACCGCAAUCUCCGGAGUGACACGGUCUUGAAGAGGGAUAUAUCGAUGGGAUAAUUACGUUUUGAAAAAACGCGCUUUAUAUUUUUACAAGCGCAAAACAUACACAUAUACAUUAUGUACGAGUAAUCGAGACUUACCUAGAAUUAGACUUAUACUUAUAACUCUUGUAAAUAUGAAAAUACAUUACUUACGUCAAUUUUUAAUGUAACCCCCUGCCUCUAGAAGUUCUUGCAUUCCCCCUUCUUCCUCCCUAUACGCGAUCGCGACUACCUUUCGCACAUGCGCCUUUACAUACAUACAUACAUCUCUAUUAUUUUUCUUUUUCUGUUAAACUAGUAUACAUUUUGCUCGUCUAUCCUACAUUUUCAUUAGAAUGCAGCUUUAUUUAUAUUUAUUGAAUUGUCUAAGAGAGAGACGUUCGUGCUCUCUGAGUCUCUGAAAUAAAAUGUCACGCGACUGGAUUUUCUAGCUCAUUUCCUUCCGCGUGCAGAAGGGUUAAAGCAGGAGGAGGAGACAUCGUCAAAGUGACAGGACAAAGAACGAUAAAGUGAGCUGGAUUUACGAGAGAAAGCUCAUUCGAUGGAAUUUACUGCUGUUUCACUGUCGUCUCGCGUAUUACAAGGAUGCUCAAGUUCAGAGAAACGUGCGCAUGCUCGUGAAAUACAAAGGAUCCAGCGAAACUACCCUCUAUACAAGCAUGCAAAUCGAUCGCAUGCCCAAGCAGCUCUAUUUCAAGCGGCCGUUAUCAAGAUCGCGUUAUUUUCGUUGUUUUUCUUUGUCGCAGCGUUCGCGCGCCUUGGUUUCAAACGCGCGGUUUUGGAUCGUGCGUAUAUGUGAAGAUGUGGUCCAUGUGGUCCGUGUGAUCUGUGUGGACGACCGCGAGCUGUCUCUGAUGGAUCUGUAUGUAUGUCGAUCUGCCUCGGUGGGUAUUCUUUUCAUCUACGAAAUCCUGCAACUGUUCAAUUCUUUCAGUUAGUUCGGUGAUUGAUUUCUCUUCGAUCAAAACCAUGACUGAUGUGAUAAAAAAAAAAUAUAUCGUCACACGCUUCUUUGCAAGGUGACUCGCGUUUAAAACACAGCGGCCGAAAGGGAGGCAAAUUAGAAAGGAGCGAGGUGCCGAUCGAUUAUGUUACGUCAUCAAGCGGUUAUUUUGCGCCGGCUUCUCUCUUUUUCAGAAACAUUAUUUUCAACAGAGAUUGAAAAUAAUCUCCCUUUCCGGCGC